UGUACAUUUUUAUAUAUUAAAGAUGGGGAUGCUUGGUGCAAAAUUUUAUUUAAUAUUAAUUAUUAUACAUUACGUAUAAAUAUUAGCCAAGUUUAAUUUCUGUGCUGUUGAUUUUAAAGAAACAAUGUAUAGCAUAACAUAGAGUCUUAAAUUAGCAGUUAUACUACUUGGCAAUAUUCUUACCACAUUUAAACACAGAAAUGUGCCACUUGCCAGAUCUAAUUAAGUUUUCAGACCAACUAAACCUAUAGAAUUAAGCAUAGAAAAUUUUCAAUCAAAUCAUUACAGCCAGGGUGAUAUUUUUACAGGGUGAUAUUUUUAUGAAUAAAUAAAAAUCAUUUUGUAUUUACUUAUUGCAUUUACGGAAUCCUAAACCACACACAUUGUAUACUGAUAAGUAGAACAUACUGCAUUUAUUUUAGACUGAUAGUAUGUUUUGCGCGCAGUAAAAUUUUGGCAAGACGACACUCAAGACAAUGAUAACGCUGUUUGUAAUAUUUGUAACUAUUAUAGCUUUAUACUACUACAAUACUAGAACCUUCAAAUAUUGGAAGAAGAGAGGCGUCAAACAUGACAAGCCAAUUGUCUUCUUCGGAAAUAACAUUGAUGGAAUCCUUCUACGCAAAAGCAAAGUGCAACUCACAACGGAGUUGUACAAAAAAUAUCCCAACGAAAAGGUAGUUGGUUUCUAUAGAGGAACAAGACCGGAGUUGAUAAUCAGGGAUCCGGAGCUGGUGAAACGUGUGCUUGUUACUGACUUUGGUUACUUUUUUUACCGUGGAUUUGUGCCAAAUAGGAACGUAAUCGAACCGAUUCUACGCAAUUUGUUUUCGGCUGAAGGUGACUUGUGGAAGAUGUUGAGGGUACGUAUGAGCCCAGCAUUCAGCAGCAGUAAAUUAAAAGGCAUGUUUCCGUUGAUUGUGGAGCGUGCUUUGAAACUGCAGUCGCGGAUCGAAGAAGUUAUUUCCACUGGGAAAAGUACGGAUUCAAGAGAGUUGAUGGCGAGGUACGCCACUGAUUUCAUUGGUGCCUGUGGUUUUGGAUUAGAUUCGGAUAGUCUCAACGAGGAAAAUUCUGAUUUCCGAAAACUUGGACGCAAAAUAUAUACACCUGGUCCAGUUAAUGCUAUUGUCGCAGUCUUGAAGGAUAUGUUCCCAGAAUUAUGUAAAGAUCUCAAGUUCUUUUCUAGACUUGAAGCAGAAGCACAAACUUUAGCACUUGAUAUUCAAAAGGCUAGAAAUUAUGAACCAAUUGGCCGAAAUGAUUUCGUUGAUAUGAUGCUUGCUAUAAAAAAGCAAGGUGCCAUAGAAAUUGAGUCUAUUGAAAAAACUAAACCGGACGGAACCUCCGAAGUAGUGUCAAUACAGUUUGACGAUGAUAUUUUUAUGGCACAGUUAAUAGUUUUCUUCGCAGCUGGAUUUGAAACAUCAUCAGCUUCUUCCAGUAUGACGUUACAUUAUUUGGCUUAUCAUCCAGAAGAACAAACAAAAGUUCACGAAGAUAUUGACAGAGUUUUAAAUAAAUACGAUAACAAACUAUGUUAUGAUGCAUUAAAAGAAAUGACAUACUUGGAAAUGGCGUUUAAAGAAGCAAUGCGGUUAUUUCCACCUCUUGGCUACGUCUCCAGACAGUGUUCUAAGAAUUAUGUUUUUGAAGAAUUGGGUUUGAUUUUAGAAAAAGACAUUAACGUUAUGAUUCCAAUUGAGGGUUUACACAAUGAUCCUAAAUACUGGGACAAUCCUGAAGAGUUUCGGCCACAGAGGUUUCAUCCAGACAACGAGAAGUACAUUAAAGAUGUAUAUUUGCCUUUCGGUAUUGGUCCAAGGAAUUGUGUCGGAAGUCGUCUUGGUCUCAUACAAGCUAUGACCGGCCUGACUGCAGUCCUGUCCAAGUUCAGAGUGGAACCAGCCUCAGACUCUGUAUAUCACCCUGUGAUAAACCCAAGGUCUGAAAUAGCCCAGGGUAUAGUCGGAGGUUUACCACUUAUGUUCUAUGAAAGAAACUGAAAU